AAUAAAUAAGAAUUAAGCGUGUAUUAAUAAAAAGAAAAGUUUGCAACAAACUUUUAUUAUAAACUUCCGUGAUUGAAUAUAAAAGUACUACGAUCUAGGAACGUUGCUAUGUAAAAAUGUUUAAUCUUCUGUAUUUGAGAACCAGUUGUACAAGAAUAAAUGUAAUUAACAAAUUACAAUUUGUUUAUCAAGGACUGAAGGGGAAUAGUAAAGUUAAAGACUGUACAUUUUAUAAGAAAUAUCAUACUUCCCUUAAAAAUUCUAGCGAAGUAACUGGCUCAAGAUACAAAAUAUCAGAUUCACAAUCAAAGAAGGAAAUAGACACCUUAAAUCCAAAUACAAAUAUACAAAACAAUGUAUUACUAUACAAGCGGGAAAGUUAUGCUUUUUAUUUCCUGAGAUUUGUUGGAUUUGGGUCAUUGAUAUUAGCUAUACGGUUGGCGUAUAGGUUGUAUAAUGAAAAAGUUAAAGAUACUUGGAAAACAUCUACAUCUAUAAAAGAAAAUAUAAGAAUUAAUGGAUUCAAUAUUCUAUUUUUGAUCUAUGGAGCAUUGACAGGACCUCUGAUACUUUGGACUGUAUAUAUAAUAUGUAGUAGAUAUGUAAAAUAUAUUAUUUUACAUAAGGGAGGUAAAGAAGUAUCUAUAAUUACUUAUCAUUUAUUUAAAGAAGAAGCAGCUCUAAAAAUUCCUACACGUGAGGUACAAACUAUUGUUGCAAGAAACGAAACGGAGGCCUAUGUAUUAAUGAAAGAAUGGUAA